GGAUCUCGGCUUGGCUUCAACCAUCUGAUGGAAGUCUUCACGGAGUAUGCCUAUAAUGAAAGCUUCUUUGGAAAUGCAUCCCAGGGCUUCAAUGGCACGGAACAAGGGAGGCGGCACCAGUACAAUUACUAUGCCAUGCUUCUCACACUGCUCAUAUUCGUCAUUGUCUUUGGCAAUGUGCUUGUGUGUAUGGCCGUCUCAAGGGAGAAAGCCCUGCAGACCACUACCAACUACCUGAUAGUCAGCCUGGCUGUGGCUGAUCUGCUAGUUGCCACACUCGUAAUGCCAUGGGUGGUUUACCUUGAGGUGGUGGGAGAGUGGCGGUUCAGCACAAUCCAUUGUGACAUCUUUGUCACCCUGGACGUGAUGAUGUGUACAGCGAGCAUACUCAAUCUAUGUGCCAUCAGUAUCGACAGAUACACAGCUGUAGCCAUGCCUAUGUUGUACAACACACGCUACAGCUCCAAGAGGAGAGUCACAGUAAUGAUUUCUGUUGUCUGGAUUCUGUCUUUUGCAAUAUCAUGUCCACUGCUGUUUGGACUCAAUAAUACUGUCACUCAUGACGAUGCUCUGUGUGUGAUCGCAAACCCUGCCUUUGUAGUGUACUCCUCUAUUGUAUCAUUCUACGUCCCCUUCAUCAUAACACUACUAGUAUACGUGCAGAUCUACGUGGUACUGCGAAAGAGACGGAAACGUGUCAACACCAAACACACAUGCCCAGUUACAGACAUGGAUAUGAGCUCGACUUUAAAGAAAUGCACCCACCCUGAUGAUGUGAAACUCUGCACUGUGAUCGUCAAGUCCAGUGGGAAUUUUCCUGUGAACAACAAAAACGUGAUCUUCAUAAAGGAGGUGGUAAACAAUGGCGAUGACAUCCAAAUGGAUGAAAUGACAAACUUAAACCCUUCGAGACAGAGGAAGCAGGAUCAGUCUGGUACAAGUCAACAACACAGCAGGCUGGUUAACUCUAAUCUAAGAGAGACUGACAUAUCACCCCCAUCGCCUGAAGCUGGUGUCAAACCUGAAAGAAAUGGCAACACCAGCAAUAUCACCAAAGGGGCCAAAGCAUUUGAGAUCCAGGUCUCCCCCACCGGCAAAACACAGACAUCGGUCAAGACUCUUAACAAACGCAAAAUCUCCCAGCAGAAGGAGAAGAAGGCUACUCAAAUGUUAGCUAUUGUCCUUGGUGUGUUUAUCAUCUGCUGGCUGCCGUUCUUCAUCACGCACAUUGUGAACACCUACUGCCAAGUCCCUCCUGAACUCUACACUGCCUUUACGUGGCUGGGCUACGUGAACAGUGCUGUAAAUCCCAUCAUAUACACCACUUUCAACAUUGAGUUUCGCAAAGCUUUCAUUAAGAUUUUACACUGUUGAAAGAGAACUCACUUCACCGGAGCAGAAGGGAUAGAAAUGACAAUGUACCUCAUCUGCAGUGGACACACUGUAAAACUUCAAAUAAAGAUUUUAAAUUGGAUCCCAUGUGGACUAUGGCCUGGGGGCUACAUAUCUUGCAUUUCACAGAGAUUAAAAUUAAAGGAAUGUAUAUAAAUUGUAUGUAUUAUAAAAAUUAUUUUGUUCCAAGAUCAUACUGCCCAGAAAAUAAAAGAAAAACACAUAGAAAAUCCCUUGGGGAGAUGGGCUUAAAGCAGUAUUUUCAUCACAGACAAUUGUUUGGAAUUGCUUCAAGCAAUGCCUUUGCAUAUCUGUUUGUCAGUAUUAUUAUUAUUUUGAUUAUUUGCUCAAAACCUAAAUGUAACUAGGUGGAAACAGCGUUUUAAAUCAUAGUAGUACAUACUGUGAUACAAACAGAUGCUUUGUAGUAACCAAUAAGCCAUGCAUUGCAUGGAGGUUGUAAUUUAUUUGCUGAAAAGCUUAUGCCAGUCAUGUCUGCAAUGUUAUGUCCCACGUUUAUAAUGUUUGUUAGGUGUUCUCUCAGAAAACUAACAGCAGGCAGAAACCUUAAAUAAUACAUUCAGCAAAUACAGCAAAUCUGUAAUCAACUGAAUUUUUUGCACCAAGCAUUUGUGCCACGUCUAGAGCAAAGUGGAUUUAACAU